AUUACAGAUGAUAAAUACACAGGGGCUUUCUGUUUGGUGACAUUGCUCCAUUUGGGUUGCAGAGCUGGCAGAGAUCCUCCACACCUUCACUGAAGACUAUCAGGACAUCAGGGAACAAGGAAGCCAUGGAUUCCCAAAUUGCAAAGAAAAAUCAAAGCCUCACCACAGCAGAGGAGAUGAGAAACCAGACCAAGCUUGUGAUGCAGCCGUACGCCAACUGGGAGGAGUAUCUGACUCCUGCUCCACUCUCCAUAGCCAUCCUGGGAGAGCUGGUCUUCAUCUCCUCCAAAGACGACUUCUCCAUUAACAAGAACACACCUAAAGAUGGCUACAAGUACAUCAAAUACCCAGAUUCAUUUCGUGCCUGCCUCAUGCAGGUGUGUAACUCUGGCUGGUGGGCUUUCAACGAGGCCCAUAAGAACAUGGAUCAGAUUAGACUCCACACCAUGGCAGUUCCAGAUUACAUGAAGACAGCUGUGAAGAUCCUGUUCCAAGGCAAUGAUGAGGUUGUACAAGCCCACCUCCCUGAUCAGCUGGAGAACAUUCGUGUCAUUGCAGAUGACUGUCUUGAGUUGGCCAAUUCAACAGAAACGCGGUUCACUGAUGUCAUCAAUAUUAUACAAGAACUGCUGGAAGCAUGUGUAAAUGCUCAGUACUUUUAUGGGGAGGAGCUGGAUGCUGUCAAGAAGAAACUGGAUGAGGCCAAGCUGAGGAAACAGUCAUCAGAAGAAGCUGCUAAACGCUCAAAGAAAGCAAUGAAAACCAUGGAAGAGCAACUUAAGGAAGCACAGAAAAAUUACACAGAAGCAAUGGAUUCACUACCCAGUGGAUGGGAAAUGAUGUGUAUGGAUCUUGUCGCAGGCUUGACUGAGAGCAUCACAGCUAUUGUUAAUGGAGCAACAGCCAUAAUUUCACAGCCAGUGACCCAAUUCUGUAAAGCUUCCACAACCAUUUCUAAUACAAAACAUUACAUUAAAAAUCAAGAAGUCAAAUCAAGUGCUGUUGAUGUUGUUGAUGUAAUUAAUAUUUAUAGCAAGUCUGCAGAAAUCCUGAUAUGCACAGUGAAUGUACAAAAGUUUGUGAAGGAGAACACGAUUAACUGGAAAGACUUGUAUGAUCAAAAGAAUAAAGCUACAGUAACAGCUUUCCAGGCAGAUCAGUUCAAAAGAAUCAAGGAGAGUUUAGAAAAAAGCCCAACAUGCCAAGCAAAAUUAGAUUCCCAAACAAUAUGUGAUGAGGGCAUUGCAAUCUGUGAAGAACUAGCAAAGUACGCACCAGAAGGGAAAUGUGAAGAUGCCAAAGCAAAUAAGUUGAUUGAAAGGAUCAGAAAACUAACUGAAUCAGCUCGCAGUUUCGACAGCAAAAGUAAAAACAUCACAAAGUCUCCUGCACUGACACCCACAUCUCCAAUGAUGUAUAAUGAAGAAAAUAAAUCUGAGGUGAGAGCUUCACAAAGAGCAUCAGAGAAUGCCAGGUUCCGCAUACAGCAGAGCCGUGCUCAACUGGACAAGACCAGAGAGACCUAUGAGAAGAGUGUAGAGAACAUGGAGAAGAACCAAAAGGAGCUGACUGAUAUCCUGAUCACCAUGAGGAACUGUAAGGUUAAAGAGAUAGACUUUAACACCACUAUAAAAAUGCUGGUCAAAGGUAUGGAUGCCAUGGGGAGAGUGAAGGAGCAGUGGGAGAAGAUGGUUCGCUUCUUUCAGAUGGUGUCCAACAUUGUGAAAACCAGCCUGACCAGAACCCUUAAAGAUUUUGUCUCCACGUCUGAAAAGACCCAAGCACUUUCUUACAACUCAAAGCUCUUCUCCAAAGAUCUGCUCUAUAAUCAAGCCUUUCAAGCCACUAACAUCGCCAGCCUUGUCAACAUGAUUGCUACAACCUACACCGAGGUGUCCACCAACCACCUAAUGGAUCGUGUCAGCUCUCUGGGGAAACUGAUGGCCAUGGACAAGGACAAGCGAGAGUUUCAUUCUGAGCGUAAGCACUUACAGAGCUCCUGUGAUAAGGCUCAGAAAGCCAUCUUACGCCUUGUGCUCAAGAACAAGGAUGAGUUUGAAAGGAAGAGUGCUGCAAGACUGAAGAAGAUUGACAAAGAGCUGCUUGCCAUUCUCCCUGCUGCUGCUCCAGAAGAGAUAAAGAGCAUUCAAGAAGCUGUUAAAAGUGGAUUCACAGCGGAAGAGGAAGCAAGUUACUACUGAGUGAAUUAACAAUAAAAUCCUAUAAAAUAAAAUAAAAUACUUAUCUACAAUUAUAUCCAAUGAGUUGCCUAAAGCAUAAAACACAUGCAUUAUACUUAUCACAGGAUUAUUAUAAGCUCCUGGUAAAAUGUGUUUUUGUAGGGAAUUAUUUUACUUAAACUUACAUUGCUAAUUUCUUAUAAUAUGCAUAAAGUCUCUACAUAAUAAUAAUUUUUUUUUUACAUAAUUCUUUUUUUUUUUGCAAUUAACGGGAAAAUAUUAUUCUAAAGGAUCGGCUUGUAUUGUAUCAUUCACUUUUAUUACAUUUAAUUAACUCACGUUUAAUCUUCCAUUCUAAUUGCACUCAUAUUACAAAUAUUAUAAACACGUGUAAUGUUCUUGUGUAUAAUUAAUGCUCUACCUUAGUGACAAAGCGGCAAAUUUAUUUCGCAUUUCACUUGAAAUAACUGUGAAGUAACUGUUGCAUUAUUUGCUAAUACACCUUAUAACAUAUUACAUUUUUCAUUAUCUUAACAGUAAAUUAAAAAGAAAGAUUUCUUACUUA